AUGUCUUCAGAGCGAGAGGUUGAAUUCCUCAAACUACAGGAGGAGAGGUUAUCAGCGCUGGAGAAGAGGAAAGCUGAGCGCAAAGAAGCUAAUCAAUCUUCGGAGCAGCUCAAUGAAUUCUUGAAGGUCUUCUACUCUUUAAAAAGUGAAACUGAGACAGAACUAGAGAAGCUCGGUAAACUGACCAGUGAUGCAGAGAAGAAGUCCCAUCUGAACUCGGCUCAAACAAAAGUUAACUGUCUCCAAGAUUUGUUGAACGACGCACUAUCUUAUCUGCCUGCAUAUGACCUACGUAAAAGUCAGGAUGCAGUUACCACUAUACAUGAAAACAUUGCUAGGGUUCAACAGGUCAUUUUGCCUAAGAAGAAAUUCGCGUUUGGUAAAAAGAAAAACGCCGCAGCAAACAUUAAUGUCACAGAGAAGAAGGCAAAUUCAGACAACAAAUUCUCAAAAUACACGGGUGAUGUUAUAUACGAAAAUAAAUCAAAUGAGACUCUAAAUAUUCCUAAAAAUGAGAUUCAUAAAAAGGAUGUUUUACUGAAAAACCUAACAAACUGCACUGUCAAUUUAAAAAGUACAAUGGGUACUCUACACUGCACAAACUGUACAAAUUGUACAUUUUUUGUGGGCCCUAUAUCUGGCUCGCUGUUCCUUGAAAGUUGCAACGAAUCUGUGUAUCAUGUGACAUGUCAACAAGCAAGAAUACAUACUACACACGCCGCUACAUUUUACAUUCAUGUCACAAGCAAGGCUAUUGUUGAGGAUUGUAAGGGAUUAAAGUUUGGGAUAAGGGAUCAGUUCUAUGAGGGCUAUGAGGACGAUGUUGCCGAGGCUGGACUGGGUGAAACUAACAAUUGGGACGAUGUGGACGAUUUCAAUUGGCUAAGCAAGGAUCCCUCGCCCAAUUGGAGCACAGUGUAAAUUUGUAUGGAUGAAUAUGCAUGUGAAUUUUAGGAUUGCUAAUUAGCGGUUAUUUUCAGUAUUUGUGAUAUGA